AUGGCUCCAUGCCGUAACACUGGAGGGCAGACAAAUCGACCAAAUUGUAGCCCAUCGCCAACCAGCACAAGUGUUUGCCUGAUUGGGGCACCGGGAAGAACUUUGACGAGACCUUGGCAUGCUUUGGUCUGGCACGCAACCUUGAACACUUAG